CAGCCCGGAACGAUUAACUUUUUCUAGUAGGCUUGUUUCAGUCAAGUUCAGUUUAUAGGGUAUAACUCCGUCGCUUGUCACUUAUUAAGGAUGGGACACUUGCUUAAAAUAUUGAUCGCUUUUCUAGUGUUCAACUUGCUGGGACAAGAUGCAGAAGGAGCCCCAGCUAAAGGGAGAUAUGUGUGGGUGAGAUGCAGACCAGAUGACAGACAUGCAAACUGUUUGAAAGAGUGGGGUCCGUGGAUGAACCUGCCUGGGCCCAGGGAUCGCCUCCCUCCAUCUGCAGUACAGGACAUAAUGAAGGGAAGUCUUGACUUGGACCUGCAGUCUGCUGAUGGUUCCGGGGCAAGUGGACUGUUUAUGGAGUUCGGUUCAGGAGAGCAGACGUCCACAGACUGGGGUUCCGGAGAGCAGUCAUCCACAGACGGGGGUUCAGGAGAGCAGUGGCCCUUGGCCUGGCAGGACCUCGGGUUUCUCACAGCUGAAGGAAGGGUGCAACAGCUGGAGGGUAGUGGAUCACAGGGCAAUAUUUUCGAGGGCAGUGCAUCAGAGGGCAGUGGCUCUGUGUUAGACUACACAGAUUACGAUGCUGCACAGCGUAUGACUGUACAACAGAACAAUGUCCCCCACACACUUGAGCUACAGGAAGAUAACUUGAGCCUGUAGCUCCCUGGAAAAACACCCACUUAUAUCUGAUGCUGUAUUUUGUACUGUGAUAUUAAUAAAUGUAUAUUCAGCAAUCUCUCUCCCUCUCGCUGAUAAAUACUUUUAAAAUAAAUUCAUGCCACACUUUAUUUUCAGUGUCAGUUUGAAAUGCAUUUUAGCCAGUAAUAUAUUUGAGCACUGUGCUUUUUGUAUAAUAACAUUUGGGAAUGUACCACCAUACGAAGGACUGUUGACCAAAUACUGUAUUAAAUUUUAUAAAGCUUAUGUGAAGAUUCA